CAGCAACAGAGCGAGGGAGUCUGGCCUUCCGGAGACUUGGGUCGUGGUUUCUGGUGCUAAGACUGUGGAGUCAUGAAGGUGGAGGAGGAGCAGGCUGGGGCAGGGAAGCUGGACCCUGCUAACUACAGGAGGCGAUGUCAGGACCAGGAAGACUGCCAUUCCAUCCACAUUGGGCUUUCCGUCCCCAGUUACCUUCAAAGGAAGAGAGACCAGAAGGGACAGCCUUCAGGCCAGCAGAAGGUCCGCUGGGGCCUGUGGCCGGACAGGGACCCGACCGGCGUGGGGAGCAGGGCAAGCAGCGGGGACAGCAGUAUGGAUCGUGCCAGCAGGACCCAAUGUGGGGGCCGGGGCCGGGGCCGGGUGGUUCGAUGUGGCAGGGCCCAAGCGUGGAUAAAGUUUGAAGAAAAGGUGGAGGAAGGAGGCGAACGCUGGAGCAAGCCCCACGUGGCCACACUGUCCCUGCACAGCCUCUUCGAGCUCCGGACCUGCCUGCAGACGGGAACGGUGCUGCUCGAUUUGGACAGCGGCUCCUUACCACAGAUCAUAGAUGACGUCAUUGAGAAGCAAAUCGAGGACGGCCUCCUGCGGCCGGAGCUCCGGGAGAGGGUCAGCUACGUCCUCCUGAGGAAGCACCGGCACCAAACCACGAAGCCCAUCCACCGCUCCUUGGCGGACAUCGGGAAGUCGGUCUCCUCCCCGACCGGUCGAAGCCUAGCCCGGAGCCCCCCAGCCGGCCCCAGCCUACACCGCUCCACCGAGGACCUGCGGGUGCAGCCACGCAUAAGCUACGGCCAUCUGUGUCACGUCCAGAGCAGAAGCAUGAAUGAUAUUCCUCGCACCCAAAACCCAGACCAGCGGAAAAACAAAUUCAUGAAGAAGAUCCCCAAGGACUCAGAAGCCUCCAACGUGCUCGUGGGGGAGGUGGACUUCCUGGACCAGCCCUUCAUCGCCUUCGUGCGUCUCAUCCAGUCGGCCAUGCUGGGAGGGGUGACCGAGGUGCCCGUCCCCACCAGAUUUCUGUUCAUACUGCUGGGACCUUCUGGGAGAGCGAAGUCCUACAAUGAAAUUGGCCGAGCCAUUGCCACCCUCAUGGUAGAUGAUCUCUUCAGCGACGUGGCCUAUAAAGCCCGCAAUCGGGAGGAUCUGAUCGCUGGCAUCGACGAGUUUCUGGAUGAGGUCAUCGUCCUUCCGCCUGGAGAAUGGGACCCAAAUAUCCGAAUCGAGCCCCCCAAGAAGGUGCCCUCUGCAGACAAGAGGAAAUCCGUGUUCUCCCUGACGGAGCUAGGCCAGAUGAACGGCUCUGUGGCAGGAGGUGGCGCGGCUGCAGGAGGAGGCCCUGGAGGUGGCAGUGGCGGUGGUGGGGUCGGCGGAGGGAGCAGCACGGAUGACAGAGAGAUGCCGGCCAAGCACGAGAUCGGGGAAGAGCUUAUCUGGACAGGAAGGUGCUUCGGGGGCCUGUGCCUGGAUGUCAAGAGGAAGUUGCCCUGGUUCCUAAGUGACUUCUACGAUGGCUUCCACAUUCAGUCCAUCUCUGCCAUCCUAUUCAUCUACCUCGGCUGCAUCACCAACGCGAUCACCUUUGGAGGGCUUCUGGGGGACGCCACUGACAAUUAUCAGGGAGUGAUGGAGAGCUUCCUGGGCACCGCCAUGGCCGGCUUCUUGUUCUGCCUCUUCUCGGGACAGCCUCUCAUCAUCCUGAGCAGCACAGGGCCCAUCCUCAUCUUCGAGAAGCUCCUCUUUGACUUUAGCAAAGGCAAUGGCCUGGACUACAUGGAGUUCCGCCUCUGGAUUGGCCUGCACUCAGCCAUCCAGUGCCUUGUCUUGGUGGCCACGGACGCCAGCUUUAUUAUCAAGUACAUCACCCGCUUCACUGAGGAGGGCUUCUCCACCCUCAUCAGCUUCAUCUUCAUCUAUGAUGCCAUCAAGAAGAUGAUCAGUGCCUUCAAGUACUACCCCAUCAACAUGGACUUCAAGCCUGACUCCAUCACCACCUACAAAUGCGAGUGCGUCGCUCCGGACACAGCGAACAUAACCGGGUUCAAUGCCUCAGCCCUGCUGCCACCAAACACCAACACUUCUCUGUACAACCCCCUUAACCUCACAGCGCUGGACUGGUCCCUGCUGAGCAAGAAGGAGUGUCUGAACUACGGUGGCCGCCUGCUCGGGAAUUCCUGCCAGUUCGUCCCAGACCUGGCACUCAUGUCCUUCAUCCUUUUCUUCGGGACGUACUCUAUGACCCUGACCCUGAAAAAGUUCAAAUUCAGCCGCUAUUUUCCUACCAAGAUCCGGGCCCUGGUGGCUGACUUUUCCAUUGUCUUCUCCAUCCUGUUGUUCUGUGGAAUCGAUGCCUGUUUCGGGCUGGAAACCCCCAAGCUGCAUGUGCCCAGUGUCAUCAAGCCCACAAGGGCAGACCGAGGCUGGUUCGUGGCCCCUUUUGGGAAGAACCCAUGGUGGGUGUACCCAGCGAGCAUCCUGCCCGCCCUGCUGGUGACCAUCCUGAUAUUCAUGGACCAGCAGAUCACAGCUGUCAUCGUCAACCGGAAGGAAAACAAGCUGAGGAAGGCUGCUGGCUACCACCUGGACCUGUUCUGGGUGGGCAUCCUUAUGGCCCUGUGCUCCUUCAUGGGGCUCCCCUGGUACGUGGCGGCCACCGUCAUCUCCAUUGCCCACAUCGACAGCCUCAAGAUGGAAACAGAGACCAGUGCCCCAGGGGAGCAGCCCCAGUUCCUAGGGGUCAGGGAACAGAGAGUGACCGGCACCAUCGUCUUCAUCCUGACGGGAAUCUCCGUCUUCCUGGCUCCUAUCCUGAAGUACAUCCCCAUGCCCGUGCUGUACGGAGUCUUCCUCUACAUGGGCGUGGCCUCCCUGAAUGGCAUCCAGGUAAGGCCCUCCCCGUAGGGUCAGCGCUCCAAGUUUGGGUCCAUGUCACCAAGACCCCAAGUGCUCGCUUUCCCAUUCUGGGAACGCUGCAAGCUCUUCCUGAUGCCCGCCAAGCACCAGCCGGACCACGCCUUCCUGCGGCACGUGCCCCUGCGCCGGAUCCACCUCUUCACUCUGGUGCAGAUCCUCUGCCUGGCCGUGCUCUGGAUCCUCAAGUCCACGGUGGCCGCCAUCAUCUUCCCGGUCAUGAUCCUGGGCCUCAUCAUUGUCCGAAGGCUGCUGGACUUCGUCUUCUCCCAGCACGAUCUGGCCUGGAUCGACAACAUCCUCCCAGAGAAGGAGAAAAAGGAGACGAAUAAGAAGAAAAAGAGAAGGAAAGGGGCCCAUGAGGACAGUGACAAGGAGCCCCAGUUCCCUCCUCCCUCCGUUAUAAAGAUUCCCAUGGAAAGUGUCCAAACAGAUCCCCAAAAUGGUAUCCACUGCAUUUCCAGAAAAAGAUCCUCCAGCUGGAGUUACUCAUUCUGAUUCUUCCUUCAGUGACUCAGAACUUGAUCGAAGCAUCACCUUGCACUUCAAAAUUUCCUGUCCAGCUUCACCUGCUUUCAACUACUCUCAGAGGCCAGUGUUCAUGGUGCCACAGGUGAAGAUAGAGAUGGAGUCAGACUGUGACUUCACAGACAUGGACAUGUACGGAAGAGACGCUGUCGGCGAGACCUCCCUCUAGGAGGCCACAGCGUCCCCAGAGACGGGGCAGAGGGAGGGCGUGGUUUAGUCUUCAUCAUGAGGGUCUGGGCCACAACCCUGAACUUCUCAGAGCCCGUUUCCUUAUUUACCAAACAGAGUCGUUAUUCCAGCUGAUGAAAAACUGGGAAUCCGUCGAUAAAAAAUACUACUUAGGUGCAAAAUCUCCCCUUCCUUUGUAGUUAUGCAACAAGGAAAGCAACAUGUUAUAUACAUUAUUUUAAAAUACAGGUCAGCAUAGAAAUUAUAACAUUUCUUUUGAAAUUUAAAAAAAAAAAAUGCUUACCUCCCAACUGUGGUUAAAGGUGCAAUAGUCCAUUUUUAUUGAAAAUAAAUUAACAGUUGAGAAUUUUUUUAAAGGUUAGAUUUUAAAGUGUCUAGAUGAUUUUGAAAGAACUAUUAAAAUACCCGCACUGCAGUAGAGCAAGGCUGAAAAAUUCAUCUUGCAAUUUUGCAUAUUAGGAAACACUUAAAAGUCCUAUCUUUCCACUCCAUCUCAUUCCAUUGGCUAAGGAUCAUACAAAAGCUUGAACUAUCUGCAUUAUGGGCCUUGGUCUGUUAAUGAAAGAACCAACACACUUGAGUGCAUAAAUAUUUUUAAAAUAAAAGUUCUUGUUAGAGUAAAACCUCAAACCACGUUAAAUCAACACAAUGAUCCUUUGAAUGAACAUCACUGGUUUUUCAUGCCCAGAGUCAAAUUUCUGGACAUGAGGGUAGGACCUUCCUGAUUCCCAAAGUCAAACUCCCAUCCGCAUGAACGUUGCAGUGAGGCAGAGCUGAUGUCAAAUUUUGGAAGAGUGUAACUGUAAUAUGAAACUAAUGCUUUAAAGGAAUGAUUGGAAGCAAGUUGGGUGGAUUGAAACCCAUUGUUAAUGAAGCAAAUCCUUUCCUCAAGGAAGAAGAUCAGUCUUUAUCUUUAAUCCAUGUUUAGCAAACACCAACCAUGUUUUCAUUUAACUACUACUAUGUGCCUAAUAGCCACAAUGCAUCUGACAUAAAACAACUGGGAUUUGGAUCUUGAGCAAAUCACUUUGAUUUGUUACUACAUUUAUUCAAGAUGACAAAUGCAGGUGCUUUUUCUUUAUUCCUUCCUAUUUUUUAGACAAAUGACACUAGAUUGUUGACAACUUGAGUCAAGAGAACAGUUAAAUGUCUCUGUAAUUCCUAAAGCCUAGUACAGUGACUGGUCCACAGAAAGCUCUCAAUUGUUUAUUAAGUUAAGUCUCAGAGCUC